AUGCCCCCAAAACGCAGAAGUACAGCCAAAAAGUCGGGCAAUUCUGAGGGAGGCAAUGGAGUGAAAACUUCCGCUCACGAGAUAGGUGCUUCCGUACACAAUGCCCUUGACAAUGAAAACAAGAUCCUGGAAAUCAGCGUACCAGCGACAGUCUCUCCAGAUACCACGAAAGCCUCCGGAAUCCCUGGAAAAGACAGGUCGAAGGCAAAGACCUUCUUGAUGACGAAACGCUUUAUGUUUGUCUCUGGUAUAUUUUUUGGUGUUGUUGUUGCUCUUUAUUUUGGCUCGAAAUCCAUGGUUGAUAAUGAUAUGCUGCCCGACUUCGACUCCAUAAUAAAAUUCGAGACUCUCAGUGGUUACUUUGAAGAUUGGAAAGACGUACUUCCGACCUCCCUGCAGAGCCUGCUGGAAGAGACCAGCAGUGAAGAUUUCCAUGACCCAAGUGAGUCGUUUGCAAUUGGUAAAUUGCUGAAAAAAGAAGGCUUCGAGGCAAAACAUCCUGUUAUCAUGGUUCCAGGAGUCAUCAGUACAGGAAUAGAGAGUUGGGGACUAGAGGGUACUGAGGAUUGUCGAAGCGAGCCUCAUUUCAGAAAGAGACUAUGGGGAUCAUUUUAUAUGAUCAGGACCAUGUUUUUGGAUAAAACUUGCUGGCUUAAACAUAUCAUGUUAGAUCCCGAAACGGGACUUGACCCGCCAGGAAUAAGAUUGAGAGCGGCGCAAGGGUUUGAAGCAGCAGACUUCUUUAUGGCCGGCUACUGGAUAUGGAACAAGAUCCUUCAAAAUUUAGCCGUGAUAGGAUAUGGCCCUAAUAAUAUGUUCAGUGCUGCUUACGACUGGAGACUGAGUUAUCUGGACUUGGAGAGAAGGGAUGGUUACUUUUCAAAACUCAAAUCUCAAAUUGAGUUAAGCAAAAAGCUCAAUGGCGAGAAGACUGUACUCUACGGCCACUCAAUGGGUGCACAGGUGAUAUUUUAUUUUUUGAAGUGGGUUGAAGCCAAGGGAGAACAUUUUGGAAAUGGUGGUCCUCAAUGGGUAAACGACCACAUCGAGGCGUUUGUUAAUAUUUCAGGGUGUUUAUUGGGUACUCCCAAAGCGAUUGUGGCGUUGCUCUCUGGAGAAAUGAAAGAUACAGUCCAAUUGAACGCUCUUGCUGUCCAAGGCUUGGAAAGAUUCUUUUCUCGCAGGGAAAGGUUGGACAUGCUCAAAUCGUUUGGAGGUAUCGCCAGUAUGAUACCAAAGGGAGGAGAUCUGAUUUGGGGAAAUCUUGAGUCUGCUCCAGAUGAUGCUUUCGCAGGCGACGGUCAAAAAGCUAAUGAAACAAUGGGGAAGUUCAUCCGAUUUGUUGAGGAAGUUGGAGAAUUUUCCAGACGAAACCUCACUGUUUCGCAAUCCAUUGAGUUUUUGCUUGAGCAGGGCCCUGAUUGGUUUACCCGCAGAACACUAGAGCACUAUUCCAACGGUGUUGCCAAGUCGAAGAAAGAGCUUUUGCAAAAUGAGAAGCAAUUCAACAAAUGGAUUAAUCCGUUGGAAGUACCACUACCUAAUGCACCGGAUAUGAAGAUCUACUGUUUCUAUGGUGUUGGAAAUCCUACAGAACGCGCAUACAAUUACCGCGAGGAGCUGAACAAGGGUGUCUCAAAGCUGAAUGUGUCUAUUGACACCGAUAACAAGCAGAGCGUGCUUCUUUCCGACGGCGAUGGCACGGUCUCACUAAUGACACACACAAUGUGCCACAAGUGGUCACAGGAAGGAGAUAACAUGUACAAUCCGGGAAAUUCGAAGGUUACAAUUGUGGAGAUGAAGCACGAGCCCGAUAGAUUUGAUAUUCGAGGCGGUGCAAAAACGGCAGAGCAUGUUGACAUUCUUGGAAGUGCUGAACUGAACGAGAUGGUUUUACGCGUCGCGAGCGGUAGAGGAGAUACCAUCAAUUCCACGUAUGUUACUAAGUUGCAUGAGGUCAUCAAUGAGCUUGACUUCUAG